AUGGGAACAGAUGGCUUCGAUAUUGAGGUCGAUAUAAGGAGAGCCGCUGGAGCGGCGACGAGAUUUUAUGGCGAUCCAACAACCGAGAAUUGCUAUCGUUUUGAGGAUACAUUAAAGCUCCUCGUCUCAGCCACAAACUCGGUGCAUCGUGUCUCUCGUCUUCGUCUCAACCCAUCAACUUCUUUAUCCGAGCUUCUCCCGCUUUGCCCCAUUCUACUCACAAAUUCGACAAGUGGCGCUAAAACCCGAAAUCUUAUCGUUCAAUUUCUUUAUAACUUAGGGAUUCACAAUGUCUCUCUUCGUCGUCACAUGUGUUCCGCGUUGGAGCUUUGUGCUGCCGUUUGGCAAGCUUUAAAAGUCUCAGUUCAAGAGGAGAAUGGACCAGAUGUUUUACUUGAUUUACUCAAACUUUUACAAGUGCUCACCUACGAGAAAUGUCUCAUUCUUGGCUUGUGGGCAAAUGAUUUGAUUUCUUUUCUCAUCGCUGAUGUUAUAAAAGAGCCGGAAGCUGAAUGGUUACCAUUUUCCACAGCAAUUUUGUGUAAUUUAACGACAAGAUCAAAAUCGGCGGGGAUGAGGAUACGAAAAUCGUCAAACUAUAAGCCAUUUUCAAAGCGUUUGAUUCGUUUACUUCAACACGACUCUCGAUUGGUCGUUGUCUCUUGUCUUGUUUUGAUUGGCUAUCUUGAGGAGAAAAUUCGAGAUGUGGUCUACUCACCGGCAAAUCUCUCAAUGACUUUUCAAUGCGUCUUCAACGUGUUAGUGCUUGGCGAUGCCCCAUUGACGAGACAUGUCGCCUGUGAUCUCUUAAGAAGAAUGGUUAUCAGUGAAGCGCCUACAAUAUCCUCCCAACCCGUAAUCACGGCCACAGGACGCGAUUUGGUCUGCUACUCUCACUUCAACGCUUGUAUCCAGAAAGUGGCCGGCUUACUACUGUCUGUUGAUCCAUUACUUGAGGAGACUAGUAAGAUCCUCGAAUUGCUGAUCUCUCUCUGUUCUCUUUCAAGUGUCCGAUCUCCGAUUUGUCAAGCGAUUCUCCACUGGAAAGGCUCAUCCGGCGAGCUUCGAACACCAAUUAUCGCAAUCGCAAAAACUGGCUGUCUCCCCUUCAACGAGGCCAUCGAUUCAUUGACACCGAUUAGGGCACUUCAACUAUUGAAUUAUCUUCUGAAAGAAGCUGUGGAUGGCGGGCAACCAGUAGCCGACUAUAUCCCGUGUGAACGAUUAAUGCAAAUUCUCGAGGAGAAUGUGAAGACGACAAUCGACACGGGCAGCGAUCUCGUUGGGAAACAAUGUGAACGCAUCUGUGAAGCGCUGCGCAUGGCUGAAGUGCUCUCCGGUGAUGACGAAAUUCGUGCCUCGCUCCUCGCGGUCACUUCCAGUCAACUCUGCUCUCAUUUAGCUGAAACGCAAUUGAUGACCAAUCCAAUCGCCGUACAAAUGCACAAACCACCACAGAGUCGAAAUGAGAUUUUACCGAUUUGGAGUGAACACGGUGCUUCGAUCAUUCUCGAAUUGUUGCGACUUUUGGCCGCUCUAAAAGAUACCUCAAAAGCACAUAAAGAUCAAUAUUGGAGAUCAUUGAGAGAUGAACGCUUGGUGCCUUUUUUAGGUUUUGCUUUAACAAAUGGAAGACAUGAACAGGUUUAUAAUGCCUUAGUCGUUCUAAAUCACUGUGCUCAAGUGCACGAUUUUCCGACAAGAAGACUUGCUGAUAUGAUUGCAUCAAAUAUCAUUGAAAAACGCUUAAAAGAAAAUCCCUUGUCGAGUUCAGCCUCUUUGAAUACAAGCAACGAAGCGAGAAGAUCAACUGAAACCGAGGUCAUUUUCGAGCCAAUAAACCAAGAGUUAAAUGGAAAAAACGUGAGAAAAGUGCUCGAUGAUGUGCUGGAUCGAUUGAGGAGAGAUUUUGAUCACGGAGCGCUUAAACAAUCCGAUGUGGUGGCCGUUUAUGAAGGGAAAAUUGCACAAAUGCUACGAAAAGAGAAAGAGCUUGAAGCUUUACUCGUGAGCAAAGAGCAAGCUCUAUCCCAAAGUGAACGACUCAGAAUAACGACAAAAUCGACAAGUUUGAGUAAUGAAAAUGAGAUAUCAAAAAUGAGAACAUUGAUCACAGAAAAUGAGCGCCUCGUUGAUGAGAAGAUGAAGACAGAAAAGGAACUCUUUGAUGCAUUGACGGCAAAAGAUUUACUCGUUGAAGAGAAUCGACGUGAAGUGGAUUUGAGUGGACAAUUGAGACAAGCUGCGAAAGAAAUGAAGGAGAAAUUUGAGAGAGCUUCGACACUCGCCCUCGAGAAACAGCAACGAUGCGAGGAGCUGCUUGAAGAGAAAAAAGUGCUCACAGCUGAUCUAGCUGAAUCCCGUCAACAAUCGGCCACUCUAUCGGUGAAUAAAGAUAAUGAGAUCGAUGAGUUGAAGAAGAGUUUAUCGGAGACGAGGAAACGAGCGGUAUUUUCCGAGGAAGAGUUGCACGCGUGCAAAGAGAAAUUGACACGAGCGGUUGGGGACGAGAACCAAAAAGAAGAGGAAAUGAGAAGAAAUUUCGAAAUCGAACGAGUGCAAUAUCAAAAAGAUUUCUCUGCAAUGAAAAAUCGUUUGGAAGCCGAGAAGAAAGAGAUGCAGGAAAGGUUAUCCCUGGUGGAAGCCGAGUGCGAGAAAACUCGCCAAGAAAUCGAAAGAGUCAAAAGAAUUCGCGAGGAAAUGCUCAAAUUGGCUGGGAAUUUU